AUGGCUCCGGAAAACACCCCCAGAACCAGCGCCGAUGGCAGCGCCAAGACGUUUCUGUUCUCGUGUCUCGUUUGCCGGCAGCGCAAGGUCCGGUGCGACCGCGUCCAGCCGUGCGGCAACUGCGCACGCGCCAACGUUGAGUGCGAAUAUGUGAUGCCGGUCCGCGGGAGGCGCACGAGGUCGAAGCCGGUGCGAGAGACGAUGCACGCCAAGCUGCGGCGCUAUGAGGACAUGCUCAAGACGCGGGGUCUCGAGGUCGGCGUCGAGGAGCGAAGGAGCAUGGCGCGCGCCAUCUCAGAAGACGGCGCAUCUGAGAGCUAUACUGCUACAGAAUCGAUAACAAACCUUUCAGUGCCCACGCCCACGACCAGGGCCGAGGCUGCUUCGCCGCCGAUGGGGCUUCGCUCCGCGUUGGUCGGGACACACGGGUCAGGGCCGAACGUGGUCAACGUGGAGGGUAACUCGCGAUACUACGACAAGUGUGUAAAUAUCAACGAGCCAUGUUUUAUUGUUGCUAAUUUAGACUCUAGCAGUACUUUGUGGACAGACACAAACGGCGAGUUUCGACACCCCGACGAAUUCACCCCCCUUAGCGACGAUGACGAGGACGAAACCGAUCUCUUCCUAGGAUCAAGUUCUCUCAACUGUGGUUUCAACGGCUCCCUACGCGACUGCCACCCCACGUUGCACUGCCUGUAUGCGCUCAAGGACGUGUACAUGGACAGAGUUGAUCCGCUCAUGAAGAUUAUCCACCUUCCGACGUUCUGGGAGUCUGUGCGAGACGCUGCAGAGCGCAAGGAACAAGUGUCGAAACCUAUCGAAGCGGUGAUUUUCUGCUUCUACUUUGCCACCAUUAGCGUUGUCGACGAGAAGCAAUGCGAGGCACUGUUCAAGGAGAGCAAAAGGACAAUGUUCUCAAGGUACAGGGCUAUUGCCAGACAUGCCCUCAGACAGGCCCGGCUACUCAGCACGUCCAGCCCCAUGACUCUGAGGGCUUUCUGUCUUUUCAUGAUGGGGAUGCGUGGAACCAUGCCAUACGAGUCUCAACAUAUCCUAUGCGGUAUUGCCCUACGAUUGGCCCAGAAGAUGGGAUUACACCGUGACGGAACAUUGCUCGGGCUGUCGCUCUUCGAGACAGAAAUGAGAAGACGUUUGUGGUGGUACAUUGCACACCUAGACUUUCGCACUUCCGACUUGUUAGGCGCGAAGCCGUCGCUGGAUAUCCAUACCGGCGACGCGGGGGUACCGUGGAACGUCGAGGAUGAAGACCUGCAGCCCUCCAUGACAGAAGUGCCAAAGGAUCGCAAGGCCAUCACAUCCAUCACCAUGUGCCUCGUCCGCUGCGAGCUGUCCAAGUCGCUUCAACGCCUGUCAGGCAUGGCCGGCACGUCGGCCGCCUCAUGGGGCGACAUUGGUACCGCCUCCAACAUGAGCGCUGCAGAAAAGGACGCGCUCAUCGACGAGCUGGAGGACAAGUUUGAGACGAAAUAUCUGCGCUACUGCGACCCGUCGCGGCCGCUCGACGUGCUGGUGACGUGCAUGAUGCGCGCCGCCAUCUGCAACACGCGCCUCUUUGCGCACAACCCGCGGCGGUUCGCCGACUCGGGCGGGCAGGUGACGGAGGCGGAGCGCGGCGUGGCCUUUUCCAGCGCGGCCAAGCUGCUCGAGUACGCGUCCAUGGUGGGCGAGAACCGGUCCCUGCGCAAGUUUGCGUGGCGCCUCAACCCGACGUACUUGUGGGACAAGAUGCUCUUUGUGCUGAUUGAGGCGCGCCGCAGAACGCGCAGCCCUGAUCUGGACAGGGUGUGGGCGCUCAUCGGCCGCGUCUUCUCGCAGUAUCCGGACGCGUUUGGACAGGCGUCGGCACAGGCCGUCUACCAGGCCCUCAGCAAGUGGACGCUCGAGGUCUGGGACGGGUACGUCGCGGCCAAGAAGGCAGAGGGCAUGCCGGAACCAGAGGAGCCGGCGUAUAUCGGGGCGAUGAGAGAAAAGCUGGAGAUGGCUGCACCAGCAAAGGCAAGAAAGGAGCAAGGAGUUGGAAAUACGAGUAUUAUGAAUACCGGCCCCGAGAAGACGCAGGAAGUGCCACUCAAUGCCGAGUGCUUCGGCGAGUUCCCAGAUCUUGGGUCAUUUGAAAUGGAUCUGGACCAGUGGGUGAACUGGGAGCAGCUGGUCUCUGAACAGAGCGGCAGUGGUUUCUACCAUGUGGAGGGAUACUAG